AUGAGUCCCGAAGUAGAUGCUGUGGUCAAGCAAUGGCCAUGGAUCAGUCUCACUGUCGGCCUGGCUCUUGCUGCACAGCUACUUUUCGGCGAAUGGAAGACCGCGCGAGGACCUAGUGAUCUCCGAUCUUUCGACUCCUGGUAUCUGAGAAUGCACGAUCCUCGCUGGUGGUGCUACGUUUGUGGACCGAUGUACAUGAUUCACCAAUUCGAAGAAUGGGGAUACGACAUCAAAGGCGUUCCUUACUCCUUCCACCGAUCACUGUGUGAGAACCUGGGCUAUCCAGAUCCCAAUAACUGUCCGGCUACUCCUCUGCCGGUCUGGGGUGUCAAUGGCAUCAUGAUGUGGAUUGGUGCCUGGUCUCUCCGAUAUGCCAACCCUUCUGUUGGAGGCGCCAACUACUAUGGAAUGGUUAUGUUCAACAGUCUCACGCACGUUAUGCGAGCCAUCCUGGACGGUGAAUACAACGCAGGCCUUCUCAGCACUUUAGUCAAUUUUAUGCCUGCCUCUUAUUACUUCUACUCUGCCAUGUUGGCAGACAAGAAGCUCAAAGAAGCUGGAAUCGUGCGCUCAUUCGUUCUUGGAAUCGUUGGUCACCUGCUCUGGGUUCUUCCCUACAUUUGGAUCGAUAAGGGUUACAUCAGCGAGAUCACAGCUUGCGGUAUCCAAUUGCUCAACACCCUGAUGUUGCACGUCGUUAACGUACCUAUUUGA